CGCGCACAGUGGUUGUCUCUUAUCAGACCGGAAGGCAGCACGUUUAAGGGCUGUUAAAACUCAGAAGAAGGUGGACUGCACGUUGAAGAACUUAUUUUUUGUUUCACCUGAUGCGCAGCUCUUUGUGCCGUCCGGUGAUGCCGCACACUUUACGCACUGAAACUCUGCCAAACACGCGAUUUUCUUUGAGAUCUUGACACUAAACGCGUUUUACUCUCAGUUUUCUUACACUUAAUGUUUGACUGAACAGUCACAUGUCGAAAACUUUGGCUUGGAGUCCCGUUUUUUUUUUUUUUUUGGUGAGACAACGCGCCAUCCAGUUCUGUGGCUGACAACACUCGCGGAAACAUGAACGUCUCUUUGUUUGACGUUACCCAGGGCGCGCUGUUUAACGGCAGUCAAACCAUUGCCGAUACUCUGGCCAACUAUUCCAGCAGUGCCACCGAGGACGUGGUGACCGGCGACGGCGGAGGAUCUCUGGUACUACUGCAAGAGGAGCGCAAACUCUUCGUCAUGCGCGUGGUGCAAAUCGCGGUGCUGUGCGUUCUGUCGCUCACUGUCGUGUUCGGUGUAUUUUUCCUCGGGUGCAACCUGAUGAUCAAAUCGGAAAGCAUGAUUAACUUCUUGGUGAGAGACCGGAGACCCUCUAAGGACGUGGAGACGGUCAUGAUCGGACUCAGCUAGAGGACGGAAAUGGUGCUGCGGAGAACCGGAUCAGGGAUCCGGUGCUGGGAUCUGCAUCUGCGUUUGUUAU